AUGGAUGCGGACGGGGUUGAAGUCCCCAGGUACUUCGUCUGCCCCAUCUCCCUCCAGAUCAUGAAGGAUCCGGUGACAGUCGCUACCGGUAUCACCUACGACCGGGAGAGCAUCGAGCGGUGGCUCUUCGUCGACAACAACUUGACCUGCCCCCUCACGAACCAGCCCCUGGCGAGGGAAUCCGAGCUUACGCCGAACCACACCCUCCGCCGCCUCAUCCAGGCCUGGUGUAUGGCCAACGCCUCUCAGGGUGUGGACAGGAUCCCCACCCCUCGAGCCCCCGUCAGCAAGUCCAGCAUCCACAAGCUCCUCCAGGACCUCUCCGUCCCAAAGCUGGAAUCAAAUACCCUCCGCUUGCUCUCCACGCUCGCCUCCGAUAGCGAGAGCAACCGGCGGUCCAUGGUGCAGGCAGGAGUUCCCAAGUCCAUGGUCUCCACCAUCGUCGAUUCCCACAGAAGAAACCGACCCGAUCGCGUGGAGGAAGCCCUCGCGGUUCUAAUUGCGCUGAAAGCCUCACCGGAGGAGCUAAAGCCGCUCAUUGGCGACAACCACGACCUCAUUGAAUCCUUGACGUGGGCAUUGAAACACGCGUCUUCCGACAGCAGUACUAACGGGCCGAGAAGUCAUGCGAUCGUCUUCUUGAAGUGCGCACUCGAGGUGGCGAAUCCGACCUUGGGGGAGAGGUUGAAAUCGGAUUUCUUCAUGGAGGUCGUCUCAGUUUUGAAAGCACGGUCAUCUCCGCAGACAAUCAAGGCGGCGCUGCAGGUGCUGCUGGACGCCUGCCCAAUGGGGACGAACAGGAGUAAGAUCGUCGAGGCAGGAGCCGUCGCUGAGCUUAUCGAGCUCGAGCUGACGGCUCCCGAUAAGAGAACGAGCGAGCUCGUAUUGGGCGUUCUGGAUCACCUAUGCAACUGCGCCGACGGGAGGGCAGAGCUGGUGGGCCACGCCGCCGGUAUAGCCGUGGUGGCGAAGAGGAUACUGAGGGUCUCCCCGGCAGCUGAUGACCGGGCGGUGAGGAUUCUGUCCUCGGUGUGCAAGUUCUCGGCGACGAACGAGUUGCUACAGGAGAUGUUGAAGGUGGGGGCGGUGUCGAAACUGUGCCUGGUGUUGCAAGCGGACUGCUCGACGACCGUCAAGGAGAAGGCACGAUGGGUUCUCAGGUCCCAUUCAGAGGCGUGGAGAAAUUCCCCUUGUAUUGCGACUUAUUUGAUCACCAGAUACCCUUAA